AAGCACAGCUCACCAUGCAUGAGGAGUAUUUAUGACACUCACGAUGGCCUUCUGGAGCGAGGCCGUAUCCAGGCAGCUCUGUGAUUAGCUGAGGAAAAGGGAGAAGGGGUGGGGUUUACUCCUCCCAGCUGCACUUUUUCUUGGUCACGUGUAGUUGACGCGAGUCGUGUUUCCGUACUGCACUUGCUACGUCAUCGAAAAUGUGAGGUGGUGAACGCAGCAUCCAGUUUGGUUGGCGGCAGUGGCAACUUUUAUCUCUAAACUGCGUUUUCAGGUGUCAUGGAAGACGCAACAGUUGCUGGCACCACAGACGCAUGGCUUGUGAUCCCCACUGCAGUUGGUGACACUUAAAUCUUUGUACACACACACAGAAUUGAGAGUCCCUCACCCAAGAAAUUAGUUAGAAAUGGAAUUGAAUGACAAGACAGGACAGGAUGAGUUAGUGUAUUGUGUCUAGCUGAGUGUCACUAUAAGACACGAAAUAACACGAUGCGGACAUGCUGCUGCUCUCAAGAGCAACUGCUGCAUGUGCUGAAGCCCUGCUUCUUGGGAAGUGGCUGGACAUCUCUCACUGAUGGCAAGAAAAGAAAUCUAAUAUAUAUAUUGAGGGGGAAAAAAAAGAUGGAUUCACAAGAUUGUGUCCCAACAAAUUCAAAACAAGAUAUGAGCCAUCACAUAAAGGGUAACGCUGGUAAACAUUAUCUUUGUGGCUAUUGUGCAGCCUUCACCAAUAUAGUAGUCACCUUUCCCAUCCAGAAGGUCCUCUUUCGACAACAGUUGUAUGGCUUGAAAACAAAGGAUGCAUUACAUCAGCUACAGAAAGAUGGAAUUCGAAAUCUCUAUCGUGGAAUCCUUCCUCCAUUAAUGCAAAAAACAACUACCCUGGCUCUAAUGUUUGGCUUGUAUGAAGAUUUCUCCUCCUUGCUCCAUAGUCACACAAGUGCACCUGAACUUCUAACUUGCAGCAUGGCAGCAGUGCUUGCAGGGACCACAGAAGCCCUUCUUACACCUUUUGAACGAGUCCAGACUUUGCUUCAAGACUACAAACAUCAUGACAAAUUUACAAACACUUACCAGGCUUUCAAGGUACUAAAAGUCUAUGGGAUUAGAGAAUAUUAUCGGGGUUUGGUGCCUAUUCUGCUCCGGAAUGGAAGCAGUAAUAUCCUCUUCUUUGGCCUACGAGGACCUAUCAAACAUUGUCUGCCUGAAGCAACUUCUUAUAGCACUCACUUGGUCAAUGACUUUAUCUGUGGUGGGCUGUUGGGUGCCAUACUGGGAUCCUUAUUUUUCCCAAUGAAUGUUGUAAAAACUCGCAUGCAAUCUCAAAUUGGUGGCGAAUUUCAGUCUUUUUCAAGAGUUUUUGUGACAAUAUGGCUAGAACGUGAUAAAAAAUUGAUGCAUCUUUUCAGAGGAGUCCAUCUGAAUUACCAUCGUUCUAUCCUGUCCUGGGGCAUAAUCAAUGCAACAUAUGAAUUCUUUCUAAAGCUAUUAUGAGAAAUGUUACCUUCCUUUGAAGCACUUCUAUUCACUUAGGUAUUUGUACAUUUUAGGUCACUUUGUCUCUGGAAAUAGGUUAAUUUAUGGAACUUUUUGUGAAUAACAUGGAGUACCAUGAAACUUGGAGAGAAUUCAAAGCAGCCAUUACAUUUCAGUAGGGAGAUGGAUGAUCUUGUUAGUGUCUGCUUAGUGUGGAAGGUAAUUAAUCUUAUGAAUAACCUUGAGUAUUUAUGGGGUAAAUAGCAAUAUAUCUAAAUCUUGAUGCAAUUCAAUAUACUUCUAAACAAGUUAAAGUAUUUAUAUACUGGUGGAUAAAUUUACCCAUAGUGGAAUAACUAGACAAAAGCAAAGUAAAAAAAAAAAAUCUGUAUAUUGGUCUAGUAGCUUAUUCUAUAAUUUCCAAUAUUUCCCAAUACUCAUAAUAAUCAAAUUUUAUGCUGCACAUUGUAUAAUUUGAAAAUAAAGAAGGAGCCAAUGAAAG